AUGAGAAGCAUGGGAUACAAAGCAGCUGUGCAAGUUUUGAAGCAAGCGGACGAUUUGAAGAUAAAGGUAUCGAGGAAAUGCGAUUGGCUGAACAACGCCGAAGCAUGGACGGACCAGCAAAAAUUGCAGACCAUCUACCACCAAGUCCUGGUGCUGGAUUUAGAGUACGCUCUGGACAAGAAAGUCGAACAGGACCUCUGGAAUAUCGGCUUCAAGAACCACAUAUCCGCCUUACAGGAGCAAGCUAGAGAUAAAAAGAACCCCCAUCGUUCCGAUUGCCAAGCGCUGUUAACAUGGGCCCUGGAAUCAGCGUCUGGGUUUUACAUAUCCCUACUGCAGGAACUGUGCAAUACAUUCGAUGUGGAUUUGCCGUUUCGUCGUAGAGGCAACAUUUUCGGCCAGACAGUUCCCAACUCAGAAAUCAACUGCCUACCGCAGACCUCCUCCUGCCAAUACGUGUGCCAGUAUUGCCUAGUCCAUUUGGGCGACAUCGCGAGAUACAGGAAUCAAAGGAAACAAGCUGAGAGUUUCUACAAGCAAGCUAUUAUGGUGUCCCCGACGAGCGGACAUCCCUACAACCAAUUGGCUCUGCUGGAAGCCAGCCAAGGGAAUAAACUUUCCACUGUUUUUUACUACAUCAGAGGCAUCGCUGUGAAGAAUCCUUUUCCCGCUUCCGCUACUAACCUAGCUUGUACUUUGAGUUCGGCCAUCGACAAGGAUAGUCCUUCUGAGAAGAUCCAAACGAAAAUGACGGUAAACGAAUUCAUCCAGCUGUUCCUUUGCACUCACGGGUAUUUCCACGCGGCGUGCGAUUUGAGACAAGCCGAGCUAUCGGUGAAGAGCUUGAAUUCCGUCAUGACCGCCUUGGUGGCCACGCAGAGUUUCACGAGAGACAUGCUGAUCAAAAUUACUACCAUUAAUUUGUACGCGUUAAAUCACAUCGGAUCGGAUAGUGUGAACAAUAUCCACGAAUUGACCGAUGAGGAGAGGAAGGCGAGAGAGCUCGUGCUGGAGUUGAUAGCGGGCUCUUUGUGCGCCUUUUUGGUACCCGUACAUACGCUCAAAAUGGACGAGAGUCUGAUGGAUUAUUACGCUUUACCAGCAGUUAAACUUCUGUUGUAUUUCAUUCAAAACGAUUAUAAUGUUUUGAAAGAGAAAGUUUUUACCAGUCGAUUGCAAAUUUGGCCGAGUUUGGUGAAAUUGCUGAAUAACGUACAGCAGUACGUUAAAAGCUUCAAUUUUAAUAAAUAUUCUAAAGUGCCAUUACCGGAAGAUAAAUUCCUCGAAGGGUUCUCGCCGUUGUGCAAGAAUUUCAAAGAUUUCGAUUUUAAAAGCGACAUCGACGACAAGAAUAUCGAAAGACUGGUUAGAAUGAAGCGCAUCGUUAAAUUGAGCCUGUGGUUGACUGAUUUAGAUGUUAAUGGAAAUAAAUUGAUAUUGAGGAAUGAAGUAAACGGCGAUGUGGUCUUCGAGCCUGUUUGUAUCCAGCCAGAUCCUACGAACGAUUUGUUAGAGGAAAUGAAAUCGUUUAGUGUAAGCGAUGGUGUUGAAAACAUCGCGAAGAAAAGUAUAGAGAAGAAGGCCGGCAUUCUCAAACCCCAAGGCUCUUUGGAGAAAUCGAGAGAGGAGCGCGAACUGUUGACAAACACAACAAUCGAAGGUCCUGUAAUCGGAAAUUUCAAUUCGUCCUCCAUUAAAGUGGAUAAUUCGAAGAAUAAACGGAGCAAACAGAACGUCGCCUUGCAAUCUAUUAUUAAAAAAAUGGAGGAGAGCAGCAAACAAGUGAAAUUCAUAAUGGACGAUUCCGAUGAGAAAUUAGUCAAAUUCGAUUCGAUGCCAGCACAACCGAAUCAAACGCACUUUAAUCAAAAACCGAAUUACAACCAAAAUCUCUCGUCGUUCAUCGUCCCGCCGCCGUCCCAGCCCGACUAUCUAUCGACGCUCAGAAAUAUGCCCAGCAUGCAGAUGAACGACACCAACUACCAGUACCAGAAGAAGGACAUGCCCAAUAUGGGCGUGCAGAUCGCGCCGCCCUACCAGAGCCUGACCAACAAGCCGGCGUCCAUGAACCCGAAGGCCCCGUUGCCCUAUCAGAACUCCUUUCCGCCGGCGCCCUACCAGAACGUCUCCUUUCCCUCGUCGCAUCCCUUCAACACGUGGAAACGGGACGAAAUGGCGCCGAUGCCGAACCACAAUUGGUGGCAGAACAACCAGCAGGGCCAGCAGAACUUCAGAUCGGACUAUCCUUUGAACUACAAUCCGCGGUAUUCCAAUAGCGUGUCGUCGAAUUACGCACAACCGGGCGUGAAUAACAAACCUUCGAACCAGACGAAUAAUAGCGAGAUGUACAGUUCCCCUUGGAAUAGCUACUUGGGCAACUUCAUGAACGAUACUAAUAACAUAGGUUACGAAAAUACUAAUCAAGGUAUGUCCGUUAGACAAGCAAUGCUUAAAGAAGCGAAUUUACCGGGAACACCAGUAGGACCUCCGGGCGGUAACCUACGAUUGCCCAACAUCAACCAGCCUCCUCCGGUGCAAGAGCACAGCUUCGUCCAGAGCCAGAACAACGCGCCGGGCUAUUCGUUGUUCAACAACAGCUGGACGCCGAAUUUGCCGGGCCAGUUGAGGAACAGCAAGCCGUUGGACAGCAGCCUGGCGCACCUGCCGCAGCAGUCGUUGUUCAGCGGACAGGGGCCCAAGUCGCUGGCGCAGCUGCUCGAGCAGCAGAGCCAAUUGCCGAAGAACGAUUUGUAA